UAGCGAGGUUCAAAAACACCGCGUUAAUCAUUACCAAGCAUGCAGCAUCAUCAGCGUCAUCAUCUCCAGUACGAGGCCGUCUGCACCUGCACCAGAGAAGAAGAAGGAGAAGAUGCUGCUCGUCUCAUUCAUAAUCAGAAGAAUUGUUUCGAUAAUUUAAUGUUUUUUUUAUUAUUAUUUCGAUGUCAGUGAGGUGUAUGUAGGUUUAGAUGAGUUGAGAUUUGACGUUGUUAUUCGCUGUCAGUCAGUGUGUUUAUGGCAGGGACGUUGACGAACACUCAGUCGAUCAGACACUAAAAUAACGGUACUUGAAUAACAUUAACAUGAAGACGAUAUAUCAACUGUGUGUUAUCUUUUUAUUUAUCAACGAUGUGUUUGGUGCUGAAGUGAAGUCAGUGUCAGUGAUGGAGGGAGAUUCUGUUACUCUACACACUGAUACUAAACUACAGAGAGAUGAUCUGAUACUAUGGAGGUUUAAAGAUGUAAAUGACCCCAUAGCUACACUUGACAGAGCAGAAAAUAAAAUCUUAUAUAGCACUGAUGGGAGAUUCAAAGGCAGACUGAAGCUAAGUGCUCAUACUGGUGAUCUCACCAUCACAAACAUCAGAACUCAACACUCUGGGGAUUAUCAACUAGACAUCAAUGGAGAUGAUAUUACAACAAAGAAAUUCAAUGUUAUUGGUGUGAGUAACCCAGAAUCAGAUCAACUAAAGUCAGUGUCAGUAAAGGAUGGAGAUUCUGUUAGUCUACUGGCUGAUGUUCCUGAUAUCAAGAAAUAUGAUGAGAUACUGUGGAGGUUUCGAGGGAUUCGUAUAGCUGAAUUCAAUAAAUCAGUCAGUGAAAUAUUAGAAGAUAAGAAAUUUAAAGACAAACUGCAGCUGGAUGUUCAAACUGGAUCUCUUCAAAUCAAGAACAUCAGAACGGAUCUCUCUGGACUUUAUGAAGUAGAGAUCAGCAGCACCAGCAGCAGUUACACCAUACAUCAGUCUUUUACAGUUACUGUCCGUGGUGAAGUGAAGUCAGUGUCAGUGAAGAAGGGUGAUCCGGUCACAAUAUACACUGAUGUUCCUGACAUUAAAACCUAUGAUCAGAUACUGUUGAUCUUUGGGUGUGAUGAAAAACGGAUUGCUGAAGUAAAUAAACAGAACAAAAAGUUCACUCUUUAUGGGAGAAUCAGAGACAGACUGAAGCUGAAUGAUCAGACCGGAGAUCUCACCAUCACAGACAUCAAAACUGAGGAUACUGGACUUUAUGAACUGAAGAUGAGUAGCAGAAGACGAACCAUUCAGAGGAGAUUCAGUGUUAUUAUCAGUGGUGGUCAGUCUCCAGGUGCUAUAGCAGGAAUAUCUGUUUUCAUCAUCCUGCUUAUUGCUGCUCUUGUUGCUGGUGUGAUUUACUAUCACCGUAAGAUCAAAGCAGAAAAAGAAAAACGGGAUGUAAUAAAAAUACUGGAAGUGGAUGAGGGGAAAUCUGUUGAUCUGAAGACUGAAGUUACUGACCUACAGACAGAUGAUCUGAUAGAGUGGAGAUUUGGAGAAACUCUCAUUGCUGAAAUCAAUCCUGCCAACAAUAUCUUCAAUACAUAUGAUGGUGCUAAAGGUCUAUUUAGAGAUAAACUAAAGCUGAAUCAUCAGACUGGAGAUCUCAACAUCAAUGACAUCAGACAGAAACACACUGGAGAUUAUACACUGAAGAGCAUCAGAGAUGGAGAAACCUCAUACACGAGAUUCAGUGUGUUUGUCAGAGAUGAAAUAAAAACACUGGAAUUGGAUGAAGGGAAAUCUGUUGAUCUGAAGACUGAAUUUGCUGACAUAAAGGGAGUUGAUCUGAUAGAGUGGACAUUUGGAAAAACUCUCAUAGCUAAAAUCAAUCCUGCCUGCAAAAUCUUCAGAACAUAUGAUGAUGAUGGUCUAUUCAGAGAUAAACUGAAGCUGAAUGAUCAGACUGGAGAUCUCACCAUUAGUGACAUCAGACAAAAACACAAAGGAGUUUAUACACUGAGGAUCAUCAGAGGUGAAGAAACUUUAUACAGGAGAUUCAGUGUGUUUGUCAGAGGUAAUGUAGAAGUACUGCAAGUGAAUGAAGAAGAGUCUGCUGAUCUGAAGACUGAAGUUGAAGACUUACAGAGAGUUGAGAAGAUAGAGUGGAGAUUUGGAGAAACUCUUAUAGCUGAAAUCAAUCCUGCAAACAAUAUCUUCAGGUUUUAUAAUAAAGGUCUAUUCAGAGAUAAACUGAAGCUGAAUCAUCAGACUGGAGAUCUCAACAUCAGUGACAUCAGAUGGGAACACUCUGGAGUUUAUAAACUGAAGAUCACCAGAGGUGGAAAAACCUCAUACAAGACAAUAUCUGUGUCUGUCAGAUGUGAAACAAAAACACUGGAAGUGGAUGAGUGGAAAUCUGUUGAUCUGAAGACUGAAGUUAAAAACAUAAAGACAGAUGAUGUGAUAGAGUGGAGAUUUGAAGAAACAAUCAUAGCUGAAAUCAAUCCUGCCAACAAUAUCUUCAGUACAUCUAAUGAUGAUCUGUUCAGAUAUAAACUGAUGCUGAAUCAUCAGACUGGACAUCUCGCCAUCAUUAACAUCAGACAGAAACACACUGGAGUUUAUAAACUGAAGAUCAUCAGAGAUGGAGAAACCUCAGACAGGAAAUUCAGAGUUUUUGUCAGAGGUAAUGUAGAAGAACUGCGAGUGAAUGAAGAAAAAUCUCUUUAUCUGAAGACUGAAGUUAAUGACAUAAAGAAAGUUGAUCAAAUAGAGUGGAGAUUUGGAAAUAAAGAAACUCUCAUAGCUGAAAUCAAUCCUGCAAACAAUAUCUUCAGUACAUCUGAUAAAGGUCUAUUCAGAGAUAAACUGAAGCUGAAUCCUCAGACUGGAGAUCUCAACAUCAAUGACAUCAGAUGGGAACACUCUGGAGUUUAUAAACUGAAGAUCAACACAGGUGGAAAAACAUCAUACAAAGCAAUAUCUGUGUCUGUCAGAGGUGAAACAAAAACACUGGAAGUGGAUGAGGGGAAAUCUGUCGAUCUGAAGACUGAAGUUAAAGACAUAAAGAAAGAUGAUCUGAUAGAGUGGAGAUUUGGAGAAACUCUCAUAGCCAGAAUCAACCCUGCAAACAAAAGCUCCAUUACAUAUGAUGGAUAUCAUAAUGAAUUCAGAGGUAAACUGAAUUUGAAUCCUCAGACUGGAGAUCUCACCAUCAAUGACAUCACAUGGCUACUAACUGGAGAUUAUAAAUUGAAGAUCAUCAGAGAUGGAGAAACCUCAGACAGAAGAUUUAGAGUGUCUGUCAGAUGUAAUGUAGAAGUACUACGAGUGAAUGAAGAAAAAUCUGUUGUUCUGAAGACUGAAGUUACUGACAUACAGAGAGAUGAUGAGAUAGAGUGGAGAUUUGGAGAAACUCCCAUAGCUAAAAUCAAUCCUGCCAACAAGACCUUCAAUCCAUCUGAUAAAGGUCUAUUCAAAGACAAACUGAUGCUGAAUCAUCAGACUGGAGAUCUCACCAUCAGUGACAUCAGACAGGAACACUCUGGAGUUUAUACACUGAAGAUCAUCAGAGAUGGAGAAACCUUAGACAGGAGAUUCAGUGUGUUUGUAAGAGGUAAAGUAGAAGUACUGCGAGUGAAUGAAGAAGAAUCUGUCCAACUAAAGACUGAAGUUACUGAAAUACAGAAAGAUGAUGUGAUAGAGUGGAGAUUUGGAGAUAAAGAAACUCCCAUAGCUCAAAUCAAUCCUGCCAACAAGAUCUUCAGUACAUAUGAUAAAGGUUUAUUCAAAGAUAAACUGACGCUGAAUGGUCAAACUGGAGAUCUCAACAUCAGUGACAUCAGAUGGGAACACUCUGGAGUUUAUAAACUGAAGAUCACCAGAGGAGGAAAAACAUCAUACAAGACAAUAUCUGUGUUUGUCAGAUGUGAAACAAAAACACUGAAAGUGGAUGAGUGGAAAUCUGCUGAUCUGAAGACUGAAGUUAAAGACAUAAAGAGAGUUGAUCUGAUAGAGUGGAGAUUUGGAGAAACUCUCAUAGCUGAAAUCAAUCCUGCCAGGAAUAUCUCCAGUACAUAUGAUGGUGCAUUCAGAGAUAAACUGAAGCUGAAUCUUCAGACUGGAGAUCUCACCAUCAAUAACAUCAGACAGAAACAUGCUGGAGUUUAUAAACUGAAGAUCACCAGAGGUGGAGAAAACUCAGACAGGAGAUUCAGUGUGUUUGUCAGAUCUUCCAAAUGAGGAGAUUCAGUGAGGAAGAGCGGAGAAGAUUUAGUGGAAACAGAGAUUCAGACAUUGUUGCAUAAUAACAGUCAGCAGCAGUGAUCUUCCUUCAGUUUAACACCAUCAAUAUUACAAACACGUCAGCAUCACAUCAUUUAUAACAUCACCCUCAUAUCAAUGAGUUUAAAUAAUCCACCUGUGUGUGCUCAUCAUGAACCAGAGGAAAUUAUUUCCUUUUGAUUUGCAGAUACAUUUAAACAUUUCAAUAGCUUGAAUAAAUGAAGUUAAAGGAAAAGUAUGUAAGAAAUUUCUAUCAAUGAAUCAUAAAAUGGCCCUGAUAUGUCACUAGACAUUAAGAAAUCAUUUUCAUUUCAAAUACUUAUAUCACUGACAACAGUGGUCUGACCAGGAUAUUGUCAUUUAAAAAGUGGAGUUGCAGCCCUCAACUGAUGUUUAUGUUGUCAUGUUGUGUAUUGGCCACCAGUUGUGUGAUUGCAGUACCAGUUUUGGCCACAAUCCUACAUACUGUUCCUUUAACAGAAAGGUAAGUAUAUUAUACAUAUAAUAAAAGUUAAGUAAAUUAUCAUAAAGUUGAUAAAACACAUUUGUUGUUAACGCUGAUCUACAACACUACAACUUUGAUAAUUAUGUUUAAACAUAAAUAAUAUCUGUAGAUGCAGUCAUUGUGUGCUGCAUGUAUUAUUUGCACCGCAUGUAUUAUUUGCUGUUUCAUGUAACUUUACCAGUGUUAUAAAAACAAAUAACUAAAUACCUAACAUAUAUCUAACAGAUGUACUACAGCAGUUUUUCACUGACUGAUAUGUUUGUCAUCUUGUUGAUAAUAGUUGUCAUCAAAAGUCUCAGUCCCUGUAUUCAUACUUUACUCUUACAGAGUGUGCAAAACUAUGAGUGGUUAAAUGUGUAAAUGUAAAUCGGCAUAUAAAACUGUGUUUUAUUGUUUACCUAAUGAUCUUCUGAUCUUCACUUCUAGUUAGUGUCUAACCAGUGUUCAGUUUUCUAUCCCAUAAUGCCACAGGGGCAGAGGAGACAUUAGAUUCAUGAAGUAAAACAUAAAUAAAUAUCUGUAAACUUGAAUCAUUUGAGGGGUGUUGUAGUUGUGUUGUAUUUCUGUAGUUUAAGUGAUAGCGUGUGAUAGCAGCCGCUUUAGGUUUAAUUUCUCUCUUAGACGGGUUCAUCGGACGCACGUGAUACACGUCUGGAUACGAACUUUACUUCCGGUUUAGUUUUUUUAAUGGUCUGACUAGUUGCUAAACUGAUCUCUUGAACAAAUGCCUCGUCGAAAAUAACAAAUGUUUUGGUUUCCUAUGUAAUCUAUGUGUUGUUUUUUGAUUGUUAUAUAAAUAAACUUCGUUUAAAGUA